AUGGGAACACCUGAUCCAUGUGCCGGAAGCCCCACAGGCCGGAAGCCCCACAGGCCGGAAGCUAGACGGCGGCCCCUCCCAGGCCUACGGUGCAAGCCUCCAUGUGUGUUAUGGCGAGACCAGCUCUCUGAAAUGGCCGCGUCCAUGCAAGAACAUUUUAAGUCACUGGACCUUGCAGAAUUUGCUAAAAAGCAGCCGUGGUGGUGCAAGCUGUUCGGGCAGGAAUCUGGGCCCGCAGCUGAAAAGCAUAGUGUGGGAACCCAGCUGUUAAUCGGAGGUGUCACUGGCUGGUGUGCGGGUGUCAUAGUCCAGAAGGUGGGAAAGUUGGCUGCAACAGCUGUGGGAGGAGGAUUUGUUCUCCUUCAGAUUGUAAACCAUACUGGGUACAUCAAGGUGGACUGGCAGCGAGUCGAGAAGGACAUGAUGAAAGCCAAGGAACAGCUGAAGACGCAUAAGAGCAACCACAUAUCUACAGAGAGGAAAAGCAAAGCUGAGGCGAUGGUGUCAGUUGUGAAGGAGAACGUUCUAGUGACGGGUGGAUUUUUCGGAGGCUUCCUGCUUGGCAUGGCAUCCUAA